CACAUUCACCAGUUUCAAGCAUUUUGCUACAACUUAAAACAACAAUGGCCCGUCCUUCAAUCCGCCUUUUCUCUCUGGCUUUCACCCCACGCCCUUUAGGUACUCCGCGGGUCGCUCGUCUCUCUCUGCGACCCCGCACGACGGGCGCCCACCGACCAUUCGGCUCUGCCCCAUCCGGCGUCAACUCUACCGCCUCGAAAUACACCCCCAAAUCGUCCUCCUCCAGCAUCUCCAUCCUCCUAAGACCGACGUCGUUGAUUUUGAUUCUUGUGCCUAUAUUAACGGGGUUUUUGGGGGUAUGGCAGUUGAAGCGGUUGAGGUGGAAGUUGGAUUUGAUCGAAGAGGUGGAUCGGAAUUUGCACAAGGAACCCAUGUUGUUGCCCGGGAAUAUCAAUAUGGACGCCCUCCCCGAAUUCUCGUUUAGACGCGUAUUGAUAAAGGGCCAAUUCACCGGUCCGCCCAUCUUACUCGGUCCACAGACGUAUGAAGGUUUCCCAGGUUAUCACCUCAUCCUACCCUUUCUCCGCCCCGGCGAUGGCGGGGGAUCGAGCGGUGGCGGGGGAUCGACGAUCUUGGUGAACCGGGGGUUUAUCACCACGACUCGGGCGAAUGCGAUCCGUGCCGGUAGCCAGGUCCCGCCCGGCUUGACGCGGGAUAAGGCAGGAAAGCUGGUGGGCAACGGGGAAGAGGUGGUGGUGGAAGGGUUGUUGCCAAAGACGGGGGAGAGGACGGUGUGGAUGCAUGAGAAUAAGCCAGAGACGAAUGAGUGGUUCUGGAAGGAUGUGGAGAAGAUGGCAGAGGUUUGUGGUGGGGAGGAAAAGGGGGUGCAGCCGGUUUUGGUGGAUGCUCUUGCCGAGCCAGAUCAGUCGCCGACAUUGUUGAUGCAGCAGGGUAUCCCUGUAGGUCGACCGGCCCAUGUCGAGUUGAGGAAUCAACACGCCCAGUAUGCGGCCAUCUGGCUAUCAUUAUCAGCGUCAACAACGGUGAUGCUUGGGUACAUCCUCACGCGAGGAAGGGGAAAGCCCAAGACGAGGCGACCAAAGUUGUACUAGAUUACCCAUUUCUUUUUCCGCAUUUCUCGCUUUUUUG